AUGGACCGUGAAGCGAAACUUUCUCAGCAUGUGCCAAAAUUGCUACGAAUUCAAUUUGCUCAAUUUUUAAAUAAUCUUUUAGAAUAUUCAAGUGAAUUAACUUAUUUUGCUAUUAACGCAUUUCAAACAUCAUCAUUACGACGGGUACAAAUAAAUACGCUGCAACGUUUCAGUAGUUUUUGUGUACCACGUGCCUGUGCUUUUCAUUACAAUCUCGAUACUGAAUUUGAUAAUUUUGUUCAAAAAAUGCGUCUCCUAUGUGCAUUAACCAAACGAACAUUUGUUGAUAUGCGUUUGACACGAAUUCAUUUUCCUGAUGGUAAAAUGAUUAAUUUGCCAGUCGCUCGUCGAUCAAUAGAUAUAUUUAAAUGUAAUAUUAAUCGAUUACGUGAUUUAAAACAAAUUCAUCAAGAUAUUGGCUAUGAUCUUUUGUUGCCUGAUGAUCAAUUAUAUUUAGCUCUUGAUUUGCUUGUAACUGAUUUUGAUUUACUGAAUUGUGAACUUGAGAAUCAAAUCAAAUUUAGUGAUGCUAUGGUUUUACAAACAAUUGUCAAAGGUUCAUUUUGUUUUUCUAUUCGAGGAUUUCAUAGAAAUUAUAACAUUUUUCUACACUAUCGUAUUGCGUUGACAUGGAUUUAUCCAGCUGUAAAAUAUGCAGCUUACCGUUCCGGUGAUCCCAAUUCACGGCAAGAAAUAAAAAAGUGUAAUAAAACAUUCGGCAUUCAACAUAUUAAUGAUUAUUGUGGUAAACCAAACAAAUUAAGUAGAACAACUCGUGUACAAUCACUCGAACGUAUAGCAACAUCUACACAAAAUAUGAAUCAAAAUUGUACUUCGGAAACGAUCAGUGAUUGUUCUAUAAAAUCGCAAAAGAAGAGAAGAAAAUGUUCUCGAAAAUCACUUAAUACAACAGCAGCUAUCGAUGAUUUUAAUCGAUAUUUAAACGAGAAAAAACUUCAUAAGACAGGUAUUAUUCAUUUAAAAAAGUACGAAUUAAAUAAAUAG